AUGAAGCUUCUGCCUACCCUGUUUAUAUUUACUGCUGCUGUCUCCGCUUGCAGUGAUCCUGCCUACCGGUGCAAGAAUCCUCAGGGAGAUAAAGAUGGUGACUACUCGAAAACUGCCGAGAUCUGCGCUGAAAUCAGUAAUGGCGCAAACUACUGCAAAGCGGAUGCGCCAUGGUAUCCAACGGCCUGUUGA